GAGGCGGGUUUUCCAUGCAGGGCGUUUCCGUCCCCUGUGUUGUCUGUUUUGGCUAUAAAAGCCUGUUACUCGGCAUCUGCGGUUAAAACACCAAAAUGAAGUUGAAAGGAGAGAAGCGGGAGAGCUCCGACUGCGAUGAAGGUUCAAAGGGGAAAAUGACGUUUUUGCUUGCGCUGGUAGCACUGAUAUCUGCGUUUGGAUCUUCUUUCCAGUACGGGUACAAUGUGUCCGUCAUCAAUUCUCCAGCCCCGUACAUGCAAGACUUCUACAACAGAACCUACUUCAACAGGACUGGAGUGCCUAUGGACAGUGGCUUCCAGACGUUGCUCUGGUCCCUUACUGUGUCCAUGUAUCCUCUGGGUGGCUUGUUUGGGUCCCUCAUGGUGUGGCCUAUGGUCAACAAUUGUGGCCGAAAGGGCACUUUGCUGAUAAAUAACCUCUUCUCCAUUACUGCUGCAAUCCUUAUGGGAACCUCAGAGAUAGCAAAAACCUUUGAAGUAAUCAUCCUUUCACGUGUUAUCAUGGGAAUAUACGCUGGUCUGGCUUCCAAUGUGGUUCCCAUGUUCCUUGGAGAAAUAUCCCCCAAAAAUCUGAGAGGUGCUAUGGGGAUAGUACCCCAGCUCUUUAUCAGCAUUGGGAUCCUUGUAGCUCAGAUCUUUGGUCUCAGCAGCAUCCUUGGGAACGUCGAAGGCUGGCCCGUGCUGCUGGCGCUCACUGGGAUCCCAUCGCUAAUUCAGCUCCUCAUAUUGCCCUUCUUCCCUGAGAGUCCCAGAUAUCUGCUGUUACAAAAGGGCAAUGAAGAGGAGGCACGACAAGCUCUGCAGAGGCUGAGAGGCUGGGAUGAUGUGGAUGAUGAGAUAGAAGAAAUGCGCCAAGAAGACCGGUCAGAAAAGGAAGAAGGACAUUUUACUGUACUCAGCCUGUGCACCUUCAGAGGCUUGCGAUGGCAGCUCAUCUCUAUCAUUGUCAUGAUGAUGGGCCAGCAGCUCUCUGGGGUUAAUGCGGUCUUCUACUAUGCAGACAGAAUAUUCCAGUCGGCCGGUGUGGAUGGCAACAACGUUCAAUAUGUCACUGUGUCGAUAGGUGCCAUCAACGUCGUCAUGACGUUACUUGCUGUUUUCAUCGUGGAAUCCCUGGGGAGGAGAGUCCUUCUCCUUGCUGGCUUUGGGUUGUGCUGUGUCUCCUGUGCAGUGUUAACAUUGGCCCUCAAUCUCCAGACCACUGUCUCAUGGAUGUCUUACCUCAGCAUAGUGUGCGUCAUUGUGUACAUCAUCGGACAUGCUAUCGGAGCCAGUCCAAUUCCCUUUCUGCUGAUCACGGAGAUGUUCCUGCAGUCAUCCCGGCCUGCUGCGUUCAUGGUGGGUGGGUCUGUGCACUGGAUAUGCAACUUCACCGUGGGACUUGUGUUCCUCUACAUGGAGGCUGGACUGGGGGCCUACAGCUUCCUCAUCUUCUGUGCCAUCUGCCUCGCCACUAUAGUUUACAUCUUCAUUAUUGUUCCUGAGACGAAGAACAAAACCUUCAUGGAAAUCAACAGGAUCAUGGCCAAGAGGAACAAGGUGGAGAUUCAGGGUGACAAAGAAGAGCUUAAGGAUUUCCACACUGUCCCAGGCGGGCAGACAGAGAAGAAAGAAUUCGCCAGCAUUGAGCUGUGACCCAGCUCAGUGACACAAGCCGGCACUUGGACUGGGUUUUGGUCAGUCACAUGCAAGGAGUGCACUAUAUUCCUCUGAGGAACUGCCAUUCAUGUGUUUGAGGGUCCAGCAUGAGUGAUGCCAGGCCUUUGGCACUCUGGGGUGGAGAGAGCCUUAUUUGUUCUGAGGUACUUUGUUAAAUGGGUUGAUAAUGGCAUUUAUCCUGUCAACUCUUGUCCUUUGUGUGCUUCAAAUGACUGCUAAACUGGAAAUGCACAUCACUAUAAUCUCGCCCCCUCCCUGCUCACCCAGCUCUCUCCUUCAGAUCAAACCUAGUCCUCAACUGUUGCUGCUGAGUCCUUCCGAAGCCUUAUUCUUGAGGUUAGGAGUCAUCCGUCCAGCUGAUGCUUAUUCACUGCCGAUUUAUACCCCUUUUUUUCACUGGUACUCUAGUCUUUGAGCUGUUUAGCUCAUUUCACUCCCUAGUGUUUACAUUUCAGUUGCCAAAGAGCAAGUCCCUCUCUUAAUCCUUUAAUAACCCCCAUAUCCCUACUCUGUACACAUGAGCCAGUUGGAGCUCAUUCGUCCCAGAGACACGUGGUGUUGAACCCAGUAAGAACCUCCCAGCUGCGUUGCAGGGGUCAAAUCCGGGCUGAUUCUGUGCAGUGGGCUACAGGUUGGAGCCUGUGUUUGCAAACGUGUCCAAACUUGUCUUCAGCUUCUCGCACUGACUUGCUUAAAUUUAGUAUUUGAAAUAACUCAGUUCUCAGGUACUUGAAACAACUUGAAAAAGUCAUCAAAUGAUUUAGAGCUUGGUCCUUCUGCAGGUUUCUGGUUGUGUCCCCUAAGGGGGCACCAUUCCACCUGAAGGCUGAUUUUGUUUGGAAAAGCUGAGUCUGAAGAACUGGUGCUGACUCUCAGAAGAAAGUGCACACUGAUAAAACCCGAGGAUUUCUUAAAGUAUUUUUUAAUUUAAUGGGUUGGGGGGUUAAUUAUGGCAUAAUUUAACAUGGGGAAAUUAAAUUUAAUUAAUUGUUAUGAGGACUGCUUCCCUCUGUUUUGAAAAAAGCAGAAUUGUUGAACAGCCUGGCAUGGAUUUUGUUGUUGAUGGAGAUAGCUCUUCGCAUGGUUUAUUUUAACGUUUGAAGAAGAGUUUUAUACCUGCCCUCAAACUUGUGAUGUAUACGUGUUGAAAAAGAAGCUGUUUCUGUGCUUGGUCUCUACAUCCGUUUACAGAAAGGAGGGCAUGCCACUGAUGAAAGCACAAUGAUUGCGUAGGACCACACUGUCCUGCCAAGGGCUUUAUGUACCCUGUCCUGUACAAUACAUCUGUAGGGUGAGGAUUUGAUGGUGAGAAAUGGGGAUUUGAUGGUGAGAAGUGGGAGGCAGGAUGCACGCAGGGAAGACUGUGAGAAAUUGAGGCUUGGUGAAGGAUGUGAGAGAUAUUUUUACUGGGACGGUGGUGAGGCACUGGAGCAGGUUGCCUAGGGAGGUCAUGGCUGCCCCAUCCCUGGAGGUGUUCAAGGCCAGGUUGGAGGGGGCUUGGAGCAACCUGGUCUAGUGGGAGGUGUCCCUGCCCAGGGCUGGGGGAGGGGACUGUGUGAUCUUUAAGGUCCCUUCCAACCCAAACCAUUCUAUGAUUCUAUAUGUCACUUGAGAAAGUGGCUCCGUUGACCAAAGAGAGUGGCUCUUUGGCAUGUAGGAAGAUCUAUGUAUGGUGACCUAAGUCAAACUCCUGGGAAGGAUGUGACAGCACAAGGUGUUGGACUCUGCCAAGUUCCGCUCUAUUCUUUACCUCUCUCCCACUGAUGGAGGCUUUGCUCCCGUGUACCUACUUGGAAAAAUGACCUGGAGCACUAGCGGGUGCAUAGUGAGCCUAUACAAAG